UAACCAUGAUGCCAGAUGGACCAAUACCAAGCCAGUUUUAGAUGGAUGAUUCAUAUCCACAAGUUGAGCCCUCUUUUCUCAGCCACAAAUCAAAAAAGCAAGUGUACUAGUAGUCUAGUACUAUACACUUUCCUAUCUCUAACUUCAACUCUUUCCAAACACAUUUCACAGCCGCCUCUCAACUUUCUUGGCUCACAACAAUCAUCUAUCUUGUUUUUUCAUCUGGGUCAUCUUGUUUUGCUUAGUCUGAAUCUGGGUUGUCUUCAAGAUUGUGAAUUUAAAAGAUCCAGCUUAAAAAUUGGGACUUCUCUUAUGGAAUGGUAUUUUUCAAAUGAUGGAGAUGAUCUUGUUGUUCCAAAAGAUAUGAAACCAAUUGAUAGGCUUCCUUCACCCAAUAGCUGGUCUGAUUGGGGAGUAUCUGAUUUCCACAAGAAGAAUAUCGAUGCAGAAAAUUUAUGUGAUGAGUUGGACCUUAGUAUAUCCCGGCAUCAAAUGGAGUGUUCAAGUAAUUCAAGCAUGAGUUAUGGAUUUCAAAAUAAUUUACAACAGUGGGGAACUUCUACAGAGCGGCAGUCUGAUGACAUUCAGAUGGAUGAAAUUUAUAUGAAUUCGUUACUUGAUGAAGAUUUAGCCACUGAAAACCUUUAUGGAUCAUCUAGCUUUUCUCCUCAAUCAAACUCGAAUUUCGGUGGCUCAAACUAUUAUGAUAAUGAUACCUUUUCUCCGAAAACAGAUUGGAAUAGAGAAGCCAGCAAUUCUUUUCCAUCCAUAAAGGAACCGGUGCUAAAGGAUUCUGUUGCAUCUGAGCAUGGUACUGGGAGAGUAUAUAUGCAUGAACAGACAUCUCUAGAAGAAUCAGUGCUUCAGGAGCUUGAAAUGGUGACGUCAAAGUUGAACUUGAAGACGAGAAAUUGCUUUCGAGAUUCUUUAUAUCGUCUUGCGGAGAAUUCCAGGACUAACACGUCAACCCCAGUCCAAAAUGGAGAUCUUGUCAUCGAGAAGAAAACAGUAGAGACUGUUAAUAAUGAAAAAUCUAGCGUUCAAGAGACUGAAGCCACAGAAUCAAAGACUAAUGCCAUCGAUAGAGCUGUAGCCAAUCUUAUGUUUGCCAAGAUGGAUUUCUUUGUAGAAGAAGAAAGCCAAGCCCCCGUAAAAGAAUCACAGAACGUAAAAUGCGAAGCUGAUGGAAGAACAGAGCAAUUCCAGUAUAACUCAGGCGAACCAUGGGCCACUUGUUUUCCUAUGUUGGUUGGUGAUGCUGAAGUUCCUGUCGUGGGAAAAUAAAGUUACCAUGACCAGCAACAGAUCGGCACUACUGAUUAUACAGCAGUGCUGCAAGACUUUCACGAAAGCCACCCAAUCAUUGUAUACGAGAUGUGGUAGGCAAUUUAUGUUGUCAAUCUAAAUCUUUAUAUAUUAGGGAGCGAAACCCUUCAAACUUCUAUAAUAGUAUUGUAAAAUUUUGGGUGUAUAUAUAUGUCAUAGGCACAGUACACUUGCUGAUCAAAUGCAGGGCCUAGUCCACAGGUAGCUGCAUAACUCGGUUUUGUAGUAUAUUAGUUUUGAGAUGAUGAACUUUAUUCCUCCGUUUCUUCGAUAUGUGAUACUUUUUUUGUAGAA